AUGAAUUUGACCAAAAUUGAUCUUUUGAAGUGGAAGGUGAAGGCGAACGAGAAGGAGUUUGGUAUAGAAGUACGCGAGUACUGUUUUGUAGUAGAACGGGAGGGAACACGGGAGGGAGUGAAGAGAGAAUUGAUGACGGUGCGAUUCAAUUUCCAAAUACCACCCAACGAAAUACCGAAAACUACUCUCGGACCCUCGGGUAGUUUUGGUUUUUCUUGA